AGCUGGAGGCUGCGGGGUAGAAACUCGCGGUCUGGAGGGCUGCCCCUUGGGGCAGUCGGGUGCGGUGGAGGUUACCCGCUGCGCUCCAGCCUCCCCUCCCCCUCGUCGUCGUUCCCUCUCCCCCUAGCCGCUCCCGCACCUCUUCCUCCCUGCCCAGCGCUGGGCUGCCUCGGUACCGCCUUCUCUGCUGCAUCUAGCAUCUCUCCGACUGGGUAUAAACUUCUCCCUUGAGCGCAGACUGGACGGGCCUGCUGAAAAUGACUGAAUAUAAACUUGUGGUAGUUGGAGCUGGUGGCGUAGGCAAGAGUGCCUUGACGAUACAGCUAAUUCAGAAUCACUUUGUGGAUGAAUAUGAUCCUACAAUAGAGGAUUCCUACAGGAAACAAGUAGUAAUUGAUGGAGAAACCUGUCUCUUGGAUAUUCUCGACACAGCAGGUCAAGAGGAGUACAGUGCGAUGAGGGACCAGUACAUGAGGACUGGGGAGGGCUUUCUUUGUGUAUUUGCCAUAAAUAAUACUAAAUCAUUUGAAGAUAUUCACCAUUAUAGAGAGCAAAUUAAAAGAGUUAAAGACUCUGAAGAUGUACCUAUGGUCCUAGUAGGAAAUAAAUGUGAUUUGCCUUCUAGAACAGUAGACACAAAGCAGGCUCAGGACUUAGCAAGAAGUUAUGGAAUUCCUUUUAUUGAAACAUCAGCAAAGACAAGACAGAGAGUGGAGGAUGCUUUUUAUACAUUGGUGAGAGAGAUCCGACAAUACAGAUUGAAAAAAAUCAGCAAAGAAGAAAAGACUCCUGGCUGUGUGAAAAUUAAAAAAUGCAUUUUAAUGUAAUCUGGGUGUUGAUGAUGCCUUCUAUACAUUAGUUCGAGAAAUUCGAAAACAUAAAGAAAAGAUGAGCAAAGAUGGUAAAAAGAAGAAAAAGAAGUCAAAGACAAAGUGUAUAAUUAUGUAAAUACAAUUUGUACUUUUUUCUUAAGGCAUACUUAAGUAAAAGUGGUAAUUUUUGUACAUUACACUAAAUUAUUAGCAUUUGUUUAGCAUUACUUAAUUUUUUUUCUGUUCCAUGCAAACUUAGCUUUUAUCUUAAAUGCUUAUUUUAAAAUGACAGUGGAAACUUUUAUUCCCCUCUAAGUGCCAGUAUUCCUUGAGUUUUGGUUUUUGAACUAGCAAUGCCUGUGAAAAAGAAACUGAAUACCUGAGAUUUACAUCUUGGGGUUUUUGGUGCAUGCAAGUUGAUUACUUCCUAUUUUUCUUACCAAUUGUGAAUGUUGGUGUGAAACAGAUUAAUGAAGCUUUUGAAUCAUCCCUAUUUUGUACUUUAUCUAGUUACAUAAAUGAAUUAAUUAGUAAUUAUAACUUCAGUUGCAAUUUUAUGAUUGGUUUUACUAAAACAUAGAAGGAUCACACGUUUAUGGGUUUUCUUUCAAUUUAUCUUCAAGACAUCAUGUGCUAUAGUUCAUCAUCCUUCAUGAAUGUAAACAGACAUUGUUCACAAAGGCUUUCUCCCCCUUUCCACUGCUAUUCGUAAUGGUCAUUAUCCUAAAAAUAUUAUAUUUUUUCUAUAAAAAGGAAAAAAAUAGAAAAAAAAAGUAAGGUAAUGGAAAAUAUUAAAAGGCCAUUGACAUUCCACAUUAGAUAAAUUACUGUAAGACUCCUAGCUUUUCCUGUUAAGGCAAAUCCAGUAUGAAAUGGGGAUUAUAGCAACCAUUUGGGGGCUAUAUUUACAUGCAACUAAAUUUUUAUAAUAAUUGAAACAAUUUUAACAUGUAUAAAAAUUCUCAUAGGAAUUAAAUAUAGUCUCCCUGUGUCAGAUUAUCUAUUUAUUCUUAGCAUAACUUUAAAUCUUUCUUGAACCUCAAUCUUUGAAAAUAGUUUUAGUUCUGGUAGUGAUAUUAAAGAUUAUUUGAGCCAGUUUUAGCUUAGUAGGUAUUGAAGAGACCAGGCUUCAUUGAGCUUCAUUGACAGUUUCAUAGCAUGGACUGUAUCCCCAUGGUCAUCCAGCAUUGUCAUGCAUUGGUUGGUCAAAACGGGGACCAGGAGAGAGUAGUUUCAAACUCUCCACUUUUAUAGUUCUUUUAACCCUGGCUAAAGUAACAUUUCAUAAAUGCUUUUCAAGUCUGAUCCAUAUUUAAGAAUAUCCAGUGCUCUGAAAAUACAUAAAUAAUAAAGUCCAAUUCUUACAGUGCAUUUGAAGUGUUACUUUAAAAUAUUUGAAGCGAGAUGGUGUGGCGAGAUGAAAAUAUCACUGGACUAGGAGGAAAAUGAGUUAGAUUCUAGAUGUCUUUUAGAACUCUGAUUUUGGGCAGGUCAUUGUGCAUGUUAAAAAAUUAUCUCAAAGGCUUUACAUUAUGUAAUUUACAUUGUUUACAUAAAGAUAUACCUAUUUGUCAAGCUCAGCACAAUCUGUAACUUUUUACCUGUAUUCAGUACCAGUCUUGGGGCAAAAUUGUGCAAGAGGUGAAGUUUAUAUUUGAAAAUACAUUCUCCAGUUUCAGUACUCCACUCCCAUAUUAAUGGCAUUUUGCCUGCCUACCCUUCCACAUGAACCAUGAGUUGAGAGAAUCUUUUUUAAAUUUUUUAAUUUCCCUCACCUCAAAUUUUAUUGCUGCUAUGGAUGUCUCCAUGAAGUCUGCCCAUUAAGGUACAUCAAAUUGUCUCUCUUCCCCAGGGCUCAAAAUAAUCUGACAGAUACCAUAAUGGGAUUGGACAUAACAGCUAAUUUUCAGAUAGUUGCAGUAGCAAUUUAAUCUUGAUCCUUUGAACAUGAUGUCUUUGCUGCCUGGUCCACUGGUGACUAAGUAGCAAUUUUCAAACUUAGUAUGAAUAGAACCCUAUCCAGUGGAAGAAGAAUUUAAUAAAGGUAGUACUUAAAUCUACAUCUAGGAGUAUCCUGGUAACAAUGAUACAUUCCAUGGUUUUAAUAACUAAAACCUUCUUACAGUGGAAACUUUGAAAUUUAAUCAUAAAGCUUACUUUUUAACACAAUUGAUCUAUUUAACAAAUGUUUAUUCAGUGCCUAUCAUAUGCCAGCUACCACAUAAGGCACUGGGGAUGUGGUAUCCCCAAAGGGACAUAAUUUCUUAUCCUUAAGGAGUGCUAGAGUGGUCUGUAAUACCUUAGUAAAGCUUUUGGCACGUGAUCCAGAGGUGGUAAUAUAAUGCACACUUUUGUUUUGCAAAAAGGGGGUUUGGUCUGUCAGAUUUCUCCAAUUCUACAAUAGGCGUUUUUCUGUAAUUCCAGUGUAACUGUUUAAUCAAGCAACUUUACUUCAUUGUUUUAAAGGAGUAAAAAUUCCCAAAUAUGUAAUAUUCUAGUUUUCUCUUUGUAUAAUUAAAAUAGACUUUUAAAAUUAAAUACUGACUUCUAAAAUAGUUUUAUUGGGGUACAAAUAAAACAGGUGCCUGAGCUAAUUCACAGUAAAGGAAAUUUCUGUGUAAAAAUCAAUAUAAUUUCUGAAAUGCUUUAUUAAACUACAGAUUUGUGGAAUACUGGGUAGGUUGUUAAGACUUAUGCAGUACCUUUUGUUUCUACACAGAGAAGGAAAUGGACAAUUCAGGAAUUGCAGUAUUCAGGAUACUUAGGACUCUUGAAUUUUUUGAUGUAGCUGGGCAAAUUUUUUUAAGGUAGUGGUAAUUAUCCUCCAUUAUGUUUGAAUGGUUUAACACUGUUUUGUAGAGAUUUUAAAAGGGGAGAGAAUUCUAGAAAUAAACAUAAAUGUUAUCUAAUUACUACAGCCUUAAAGAUAAAAAUUCUUGAAGUUGGAAAAUAGUGCUAAAUUACAUAGUCUUAGACAAAUAACGUUUGUGGGAAGAAUAUAGCAGACAUGUAGUAUAAUUUGAGUGAAUGUUCUCAAUUAGGAAUUCUAGGCUCUAUUAACUGAGUCACACUGCAUAGGAACUUAGAACCUAACUUUUAUAGGUUAUCAGAAAUCUUUGCCACCAUUGCACAAUUUUGUCCUUAUAAACAUUGUGAGGCAUGUUAAGUUACAGUUUGCACAACUUCAUCUCAUUUUUAUUCUAGUGAUUUUUUUUUCUUCUAACCACUUUUCCCCCCAAUACACAUAUAGGGAUUUAUUUUGUAGGCAGUAAAAAUUAUCUGAAAUAAUUUCCCAUUUGUGAAAAUGUAGUAAUUUCUUGAUAAAAGUAAUGUUUUUAAAAACUUAGCAGUUACUUUAAAGCUGAAUUUAUUAAUGACUUCUGUUAUAAUAUUGAGUAGCAUGAAUUCUACAUUAAGAAAGUGAUUAACUUAAAGCUGGUAGCUGUGGAAUUCUGUCAAUGAAAAUCAUUUCUUUCUAAAGACAUAUAUUCUUGAAGAAUAGUCAUAGCUAGAUUAAAAUUUGUGUUUUAGCUUCAUAGUUUAAAGUGCCUGUUUGGGAUGAUGAUAGGCAUUUUAGAUGAAUUAGGAAAAACAAAGUUAUUACUGCAGAAACGUCAACUUCAGAGGGUCCACUUCCCGCCCCCACCCCAGUAGAGCUAAAUGGGUUAUAUGUUUUAUCUGGAAGUUUCCAGUUCCACUGUCUUGUGUUUUCAUGUUGAAAAUACUUUUGCAUUUUUCCUUUGAGUGCCAAUUUCUUACUAGUACUAUUUCUUAAUGUAACAUGUUUACCUGGAAUGUAUUUUAACUAUUUUUGUAUAGUGUAAACUGAAACAUGCACAUUUUGUACAUUGUGCUUUUUUUGUGGGACAUAUGCAGUGUGAUCCAGUUGUUUUCCAUCAUUUGGUUGCGCUGACCUAGGAAUGUUGGUCAUAUCAAAUGUUAAAUUUAAGAAUGACCACUCUUUUAAUUAAAAUUAACUUUUAAAUGUUUCUAGGAGUAUGUGCUGUGAAGUGAUCUGAAAUUUGUAAUAUUUUUGUCAUGAACUGUACUGCUCCUAAUUGUAAUGUAAUAAAAAAUAGUUAUGGUGA